GACCCUUUCAAAUGAUGCUUUGGUGCCUACUAGGAUCAUUCCUUUACAGAUUCCUAAGGCUAAGAGUCGCUAUCAUUAUUCGAUUGGGGAUUCUUGUCAAACUAAAUGGGCUGUGGUGAAUUAUUCAUUAGUGGUGAAAGUUAUAAUUAAAUCCAAGAGUUCAGGAUUAGAAACGAUCAGUUUGAAUGGAUUACCAGUCGAAUUAAUGAGCGUCACGAAUUCAGAAUUAAAGAUUGCACUUCAAUCCUUAAGAACUCCAAGUCCAAACAUCUCAAAUCCUUCUACACUUUUAGUUCCAUUCAAUCAUCAUCAUCCCCAUCAUCAUCCUGGUUUAGAUUCCUCAGAAAGGUUACCUAAUGAAGUACAUCAUCGGCUUUCGACUCCUUCACAUUCACAUUCACAUCAGAGAGGUUUAGAAGAUUGUAGGUUUUUGGUCGAACCGAUCUUGGCGGCUAGACCGAUGAGGUUAUCGGCACCUCCUUGUAAUACUUGAAAGUUUUUUAAUCAAAUUGUUUUAAGGAUGUUUUUUUGGUUUUGACUUUUUUGGCUUAGACUUUGUUUUAAUUAAGGACUUUACUUCUUUUUUCUCUCUUCUUCUUCUUCUUCAAUAUCUCAUCUUAUCUUUCUCUCUGUCUCACUCUCACUCUUGUUCAUACGUUUUUUUUUGUUUUUGUCUUUUUUUGUUUUUGUUUUUUUAAUAAUGAUGAGUUUUAAUGAACGUUUUCAUUUUUUUUCUCUACGUGUUUGUGUGUUGACUUCAUUCUUAAAUGUCUUUUUUUUCUCUAUCUAUCUAUCUCUUCAAUUACAUAUAUAUUGAAUGAUCAUCAUUUGUCUGUAUGGUUUUUUUUCUUUUUUUUUUUCGAGAUGGUUUAUCAUGAAAAAAAGCAGGAAAUAUAGAACAAGGUUUUUUUAUGAUUUU